GAUGACCGAGUCCAGUUCAAUCCCUUCGAGAGGAGUACUGAGCCGUGCCGAAAAGGCGUGAACGACGUUGUCGUCUCCGUCUGGUGAAGAAGACAAAAUGGUCGCCACUUUGAUCGACCUUCAAAUGUCAAGAGGAAUUCAAGUCCCAAGAACUCGCAUGAGAAUGCAAGAAUCGACACCCGUUGCGUUGAAUUCGAUUAACGAUAUGCCAUUUGCUUGUAAAUCCAGCGCGGUUAUGCAACACGAAUCGCUCAUCGCCGUCGAGUUCAAGCAGGAUCGGGGUUUGCCGACUCCACCGGGAACGGGUCAUUGUUGCUCGCGUGGCAGCCACGCGCGUCCGAGUAUUCGAUCGCGGUUCCAAGAGGUGGCGCCUGCUUACUUUCGUACAUCCACCACGCCUUCGAGCUCGUCGUCCGCCAUGUCCACCGCCGUCGAGCGCCCAGCACCUAUACAGCACGACUAUCUCACUCAGCGAGCCCCUACCGAAGUCAUAGACGUCGACCUCCUUGACGACAAUGACGUCCACGCCGCCCGCCGGAACGCGGCCCGCAGCGAGGUCAUUACCAUCGACGACGACGAUGAUGUGGUCGUCGUGCCGGACGAUGAUGAGAUCGAGUUUGUGGGCAUGAGCCGCGCGCACUCGCCAGCUGCGCGCCCCACCCGCCGGCUGCGAUCCCCGCCGCUCAGGAGAGAACCAUCGGAGGUUCCCCCAGUGCCUCCCUUCCCGAGAGCGUAUGCCCAUUGGCGGCCAUUACCCCCGCGCAGAUCCCAGUACGGCGCCUUCGCACCCACAGAACCGCGCGAUGCAGGCGUCGUACGGCCCCAUGAUGGCCCCCUGCCCUUCGAGAUGUCUGCCGAGCCUGGCCCGUCAUGGAGGCGACUUCCCCCUCCACGCUUACCACCUCCACAAGCCGCCCCUCCCGCGCACGCGACCCCGGACCAUCCCCGCAUGGGCUUCGGCGGCGCCCUACUGUCUGAGAACCGUCGCCGCAAUCCGCGCAGUGGGGGCGGAAUCCUUCAGCUAAUACACACACUUGCCCCAGGGCUUGGGAUAGCCGAGGAAGAGGACAGCGCCGCCGACCGGUUCCUCGCCUUCUCCAUAGCCUUCGAGGGAGCCGGUGCAGCCCCAUACCGCCUCUUCCCCAGCAGUCGCCCCGAUGAGCCUAUGUACAAGCCCGAGUACACGCAUCCGGAAUCACCAGAAGCAGGCUUCACGAACGACUUCGGUUUCGGCGAGAGCGACGCGGACCCCACCGGUACCUCGUCCAGCAGCUCCCCCGCGCAGACGGAGAAUGUCCUCCAGUGCACACACUGCAUGCGCCCGCUGCUUCUCGGCGACAACCUCAGCGCACUGGGUCCCGAAGAGGAGCGCCUGCACAAGCUCUGGGGCUUGCGGUGCGGGCACAUGAUCGACGGGUACUGCUUCGAGGCUGUCAGCCGCCCCGCGCCAGAGGACGAGGUGCCGGCGAAGGGCAAGGGCAAGGGCCGGGCGAGGACACGGAAUAACGGCCUUUACAUGCCCAUUGUCGAGGAAGACGCACCUGCUACCUCCAACGCCGACUCGACUCCGACCUCCAUGCGCUCACGACUACGCACCCGCUCUAGUCCUCGCAAGCGGAAGCGGAAGGGCGGCCCGCCUAUAGUUGAAGCGGAGUACGAGUGGGCGUGUCCGGUGGAAAACUGCGAACACGUUCAUAAGAGCUUGAAGAUAGACGGGCAGUGGAUACAGCACAAGGAUGCGGGGGCUGUGGCGAUCUUCGUUUAGGCGUCGAUGGCGAUGGCGGUCCGAGUAUCUUCUCCCACUCAUCAGCAUCGGUUUGCCCCUUCUUGCGCAUCUUCCCAUUCACGACAGUCCUGUAUAACAGCAGCAUGGGCAUAAUAUUAUCCCCGGCAUCAUCUUGCAUCACCUUCAGAAAC